AUGGCAAUACCUGCAUAUAGUCGUUUCUGGAUUCUUUUGGCACCUCUCAUUCCAUCUAUUCUAGUUACCAUUUUUGUCCUUUAUCAUUUACUCAAGAAUCGAGGAUAUCGUACAGCACUCAAUAAUCAUGUCAUUAUUCUUCUUUUAUCUGUUGGACUUGUUGAAGAAAUCACAGGUAUUGUGUGGAAUAUAUAUUUUUUUCGUAAUGGUACUAGUCUAUUGCCAACACCAGCAUUUUGUUAUGCUUGGAUAUAUAUUGAUACAACAGCGAUUGUAUCAGUUUAUAUUUUAGUUACUUGGGCAUCGAUUGAGCGUCAUAUUCUUAUUUUCCAUUCAGGUCAUUUUUCAACAAGAACAAAACGUCUUCUAUUUCAUUAUUUACCCAUGAUAUUAUGCAUCUUAUAUCCUAUGAUAUUUUAUUUUGUUUUCUUCUUCAUUAUACCUUGUAAUUUACCAUUGAGAUACACAAGCAGACAAUGUGGUCGUUAUUCAUGCGUUAGUCUUUCUCCAAUGGUUGCAUUAUAUGAUAGUCUUGCACAUUAUAUUUUACCUGCAUUUAUUACUGUUACAUUUAGUGGAGGUCUUUUUGUACGCGUCUUAUAUCAAAAGUAUCAUAUUCAUCAAAGAAUUGAUUGGAGAAACUAUAAGAAAAUGGCAUUGCAACUAUUACCAAUAUCUUGUCUCUAUAUUUUCUUACAGUUGCCACCUAUGUCACUAUAUGCUGCUUAUUCAGUUGGUCUACCAAGGACAAUAGGAAGCGAUUAUUUCAAUGAUUCAUUAUUUUUUAGUUUUUAUAUUGUAUUACUCACUCCAUUUGCAUGUGCUAUGUCACUACCAGAACUAAGAACUAAAUGCCGAAAUCUAACAUUAUUUUGGCGAAGAAUACAUGCUGUUGAUCCUAUGCAAACGGUAACAGUGGCUCGUAUAAAAGUUGGUCGAAUGGGCGGUCAAGCAACAAUUAAUGUAUAA